AUGUGGAAGGCUAUUCGUAAAUGCUUCUGUUUCCGCAAGAAGAAAAAAGAUAAGACCAUCAGAAAAUCUGUUGUGGUACCAUCAGAAAAACCAGAGCAGAAACUGGAGCUGCCUGAAACCAUCUGCCAGGAGACUCCAGAAACUCCUGAUAUCAACAUCGAUCAGGAACAACAACAAGUGGAAGAACAGGAGCAAGAUCUUAUAGCUGAUAUCAGCCCCUGCCACUCCCUGGAAACCGUCGAAAGACUUGAAGAGCCCCAAUGUGACACCUAUGAGGAACCAUCAGAAACCCCUGACGAUACCAACUGCCAGGAAAAACAAAAGCAAGAGCUGGAUCUGGGCAUGAACAACUGCCAGGAGAAUCAGCUUGAAGUAAAGUUCCCGACGCCCAGGACAUAUCUGCAAAUCCUGGAGCCAACAGGACAGGACAGCUACGGGAUGAAUUAUACCGGUUGGCACCGUAAAGAACAACUGGAUGUGUCCGUGACCAUCGUAAAGGACAUAGAGAAGAGAAAAGACAUCCUUCAAGAAGUGGAAGUCCUUGAACUUAUCAGAGGCCACGAAAAUGUCAUUGGCUACUAUGGGGCUUAUUACCAACGUGCCUCUGUAAAGAAGCCCCACUAUGAAGGACUGUGGAUUUCUAUGGAGCGUUGGAAUGGUGUAGCGGUGGAAGAUCUAAUCUACACCAGUGAGCAGUACUCCUUGCAUGAAAGCUGGAUAGCGUACAUCUGCAAGGAGGUAUUAAAGGGCCUGUGUCAUCUGGAAAACAAAAAGGUCAUCCAUCACGACCUGCGGCCCCAGAACAUUAUCCUGACAACAUCGGCAGAUGUAAAGAUCAGUGAUUUCAGCUCCGCCACCAUCGGGGAAAUGAGUCACAGUACGUCUGGGCGGAUUCCAUACCUGGCGCCAGAAGUACUGGCCAAUUUUGGCAAGAAGACCAUAUGGUAUAACUCUAAGGCUGACAUAUGGUCCUUGGGAAUAUCAGCACUUCAAAUGGCGGAAGGCUAUUAUCGUAAGUUAACGCCAGUGGGACUGUACGUUAGUACAUAAAG